AGUACCAAACAACACGCAGUUUAUAUCUCUAUCAGAUUUCUGUUUUGUUCUUCAUCACUCGCUCUGGGGCCUCUCUGACCAAUCCCAAAGCAAAGAGCUUCUGCGAUCUUUCAUCCUCCUCUGGUUUCGUAUCUAAUCUGAUUUGAGGGGAAAGAGAUGGGUUUCAUAAUGGAGUUCGCGGAGAAUCUGGUGCUGAGGCUGAUGGAGGAUCCGGAGGUGAGAGACAGGAAAGCGAGGGAGCACAUAUAUGAGAUGCACGAGAGGUGCAAGAAGAUUAAGGAGAUGUGGGCUUUGCCUAUUCGUCCUUAUGGUUUCUGGACUUUUGAGCGUCACAACGCUCAGCUUCGUUGGGAUCCUCAGAUUAGCCAAGUUGCUGGUCGUAGGGACCCUUAUGAUGAUCUCCUUCAGGACCAUCCUUCCUCUUCUUCAUCCUCAAACUAAUCAUACAAUGGCAGAAGAUGCGUUGUGAUGAUGUCUGGAUAGAUGCAUGUGUCUCUGUUUCAGUUCCCGAUUGUACUCCCUUCGUUACUUUUUUUUUUCAGGUGUCUUGAAGCGUGGUACAAACUCAAUAAUAAUACUCACUCUAGACUUGUUUACAAAUGAGAGAGGAGUAUACUCUCUCAUUGUUUCUUGGUAAAGUUGUUUUGAUUCUCCAUUUCCAUCUUUGAAUAUGAAUAUACUUUCCGAAGUGAUGAGUCUUUGUCAUGUUAUUUACUUAUUUA